CCGGCGCGGCGCGGGGCUGGGGGCCGCGUGUCCGCGGGGCGCUGCCUGGUGUGGGCAGAAGCCCCAGCGCAGGUGGAGGCCGCGAGCGGGGCCGGCUUGCGCUCGAGGUGGCUUGUCCGAGCCGGCUCGGGACGGAGUCGCUUAUGAAACGAAUUAAGAUCGAAGUGGAAAUACCGUCGUGCUCUACCUUUUCGGUAUCAAAACGAAGAAAGGGGAUUUAUACUGGGGACUCUCUUUCAGUAACGUUAUCUUCAAUUGUAUGUUUAACUACGUAUAUUUAACAGCAAAAUGUCCUCAAAGAAAAAAAUGAAGAGAAAUUCCAGAAGUAAAUUCAAUGAAUAUGGAGUCCGCUCCCGCCCUCAAAGGAAACUACUUCCUCCUGACGAACCAGAUUUAUCAAGAAUAUUGAAGGUAGCAGAAACUGAGGAGCUUGGGGAGCCCGAUGAUUCAUUUGAUCAUCCAUUACACAGUACUGCUGUGGAUGCUUAUGUAGAAGAACAUUCAGAGAAUGAGUCACUUAAUGAUUUGUCAGAUUCACAGAGGAAAAAUUCAGAAAAAAGUAAAAGAAAACUUCACUUGAAAACGUCUGCAGAUGGUGUUCACAGAUUCAAAGCAGGUGAUGCUGAAGAUGAGCCCCUUAAGGAGAAUAUGGUAUCAAGACUAUCCAAGACCACUGUAAUGAAGCCUAAGCUACCAUAUGUGUUGACGUCAAGGAAUGGUGCUUCAGAAAAUGGUGAACUGGAUGAAAAGAAAAAGACGAAUGUCCAGAAGGCUCAGAAUACUACUGAAUUCCCAGAGAAAAGGAAGAAGCGGCCUUCAGAGAAGACUUCAUUAGGCACUUCUGGCAAGGUUGUUGAUAGCCCAGGUUCUGUACGAAUUUGGUGUCCCAAAGGACUGAAGAGACUUCCCAAAGAUAUUACAGAACUGGAUGUUGUUCUUGCUGAAUUUGAGAAGAUAGCAGCAGAUUACAAACAAAGAGUAGACUCUAAGACUUGCAGAAAGGCUAUUGAUGGCUUCUGUUCUGGCUUCAAGGACCAAAUAACUGAUCUUAUAAUGGAAGUCCAGGAAUUAAAGAACAUGAAGAGAAAAAAUGCUAAGGUAACAGCAGACAUCAAGAAGAAAAGGCAGCGACUGUUGCAAGUUAGUGAAGAGUUAAUCGGGUAUGUUCCUAAUGUUGUACGAACUGAGCCACAACUGAAACAGCUGCAGAGAGAAUAUGCUGAGUUACAGGAGCGGGAGUCUUCCCUGAGACACGCAACCCGCUUCCUUACUGAUUUAAAGGAGCUACAGCAAGACUGUUUGGAUUACAGAGAAGAAAACCCUAAAGAAAAAGUAGUAUAUGGAACUUCCAGCCUCCCUGCUCUUCUGGUGGAAUCACGGAAAAUUCUAGGAAUGGAAAGACAUUUUAAGAAUAUUAAUGCGAGAUUGCAAGAGGCACUGGAUGUACAAAAAGAGAAGUUAUCAGAGAAACAUUAAGUGCUUUUAAAUAGACUUAAUGAAAUUAAUUAGGAACAAUUAUUAGAAUGGACAGUGAUUAAGGUAUGUUUAAUCACUGCUGCUGUACUUUAGCUUCAAUGCAUAAAAGAAAUUAGUGACAAUCAGAAACUUUCUACUGUUGAAUAGUCUGUAUAAAGACUUAUUUCUACUAACACUCUUUGAAUAAGAUACCAAUUCCAGUUACCAUCACAAUUUUUGUGUUGGUCUAAAAGUGUCAGAUUUUAAUCUCCUUGGGCUAUGUAAGUAAUGUAAUUUUGAAACCAAUAUAUACUUUUAAAGAGAACACAUUGACUUUGGUUAAGACAGUGAUAGACAAAGCUUUUUAUUAAAUUUGUAUAUGAAAUAAAUUCCUCCCACUCUUGGAAUUGAAGAAAUUGUUUUUACACAGCUCAUCAAUAAAAUUUGGACAUACAGCUAACAAAAUAGGAAACCACACAGCAGCAAGUAUUAAAGUGCUAAACUACUUGAAGUAGCAUUCAUGAAGAGUUUUCAGUCCAGUACUGCUUGGCCCCAGGGUAAUCUUUCAUGAUCUUUUCGUCCCUGUUUAAAAUCAUCCAGUUGCAAGAAGCUGUUAUUUACAGCAGUUACUUAGUUCUGUUAAACAGAUCAGGAAGAGCUUUUGAACUGCACUGCAGUACUGUUUGUGGAACAUUGUACUAAAGCAAGCUUCAUGGGUAUGGAUUUGUUCGUUGGCUAAGUCUGUGCACAAGUAUCCUGUUUCCUUAAAGCUUCCAGAAGAACUUCGUCAGGAAUUUCUUCUGUGUCACAGUUCAGACUAUUAUUUGCAGCUUCAGCUAGUUCCACAUCAUCAGUAGCUUCCAAGAACCAGGCAUCAUCGCUUGCAUUGUCCCACAGAGUGUCCAACAACGGGAAGUCUCUAGACAAGCUGUUUUCUUGAAAUAGUGAGCGUUCUGACAACUCUAAACAGUUAGAAUGCAGGUCUACUUUUUCUUCUUUGUUCUCACUUUCAUCCAUUAGCAUAUAUUCUUCUUCCUUUUAGAAAAAAAAAGCCCACUAUUUAUUCCAUAUGCAAAUAAUCAUCCUUUUAACUGCUAAUUUGAAAAUUGUGUCCAACUAGUGUUGGACUUCUGCAAGUAAGUGUCACAUAUAAUGGAUACUAUAGAAAGUUGGGCAACAAGACACUUUUCUAGGAGAUUUAAUUUACAGCUACAGUACACUAUGGAAGCCUGUUUAAAUAGCAAUAGAAAUCUGCUCAUUUUUUUCUAGAACACUAAAACUAGUCUAAUGUCUCUUUAAAGAUAUAUCAAGAUCUGAAAAUGUAUUUAAAUUUCCUUAAGUAGAACUUGUACCAUUUUGCAGAGCUGUUAAUAGUGCAGCUAAGCUUUUAUGACCUGCUCUGUGGGGAGGACUGUUGUGUUCAGGGCUUGGGAUCUAGGGAUGGCAUUAGGCCAGUGUAAAUAUUCUGCCUUAUGGGUAGACAUAACUGAGUUACAGGAACUUUGCAUUUGAGAGUCACUGACUUAAAAUCAGCGUAAUUAAAUAUUAAUCAGUUGUACUUCAGUAUAUCAAGCACUGAAAGUAUGUCUAAAUCCUUCAGAGACAUCCACACACAUAUUUAAGUUACCAAAAGAGUUGGUGUGCUUGUUUUGCUAACACCUAUGAAAGAAAAGCGUUUCAUAUAGAAGUAUCACUGGAAACUGAACUCCUGUGUGAGAACCAUUGUUCUGCCUGCUCAGAAGCUUUGUUGCCAGGCUUCUGGGAACACGGGUAGUGCUGUGACUGGUCUCACUGAGUUUUGCUUCCUGCUAUGCCUUAUCUCUAAGGCUACUUGUUCCUAACGCUGAUAGCUUUUCAGCUAAACCUAAGAACCAUGAUUUUACUCACUCAGCUGUUCCAGGAGCACUUAUAUUUUACAAGUAUAGUAAGCUUAACUUGGGCAGCUUUUCUGUGGCACCCUAUCCUGGGUUUGGGGGUUACCUAAUGGGAACUGCUAUUCGGAAAGAAGAGACAAGAAAAUCUUUGGCCCCAGAUAAAGUUAGGUUAUUCCAGCAACCUAACAAGCUUAGCGAGUUAGGCCUAGCUGAAUUUGUGCUGUCAGUUUUUGUGCUAGAUCUGCUGCAGGAGAACUUAAACAUUGAUACAUGGAGCUACUACACCAGCACAGCUGCUCUAUGGACUGCAGCAGACAAAGCGGGUUAGCAGACAUUUUCAAAGACUUGUAGAGACAAAGAUUUACUCAUAAGAACUUUAGCAUGUUAACAAAACAAGGACAAAACCACAUACCUCUCUGAAAAGAUAAGGGAGACAUAUCCCAGGUGGCAGUGGAAAACCUAAAGCAAAUACAUGGUAUUUAAUAAGGUUGUAAUUAAUACUUUUUGGGGUGUUACUUGCUUUGAAAACCAUACAUACUCUGUGAUUUGAAGUUUUUCUCUCUGCAGACUGGAUCGUGACACUUCUGAUACCAGACUUCCUUCUUUAGAUCUACCAGAAUCCUAGAAAUAAUAUGGUAUUUAGUAACAGUACAUAACUAAAGUGAAUAAAUACAAAAUGAAACUCCAACACUAAAUGAACAGAUUUUGUUCAACUAUGGAUAUUGUUUUCACACUCUGACCUGUUUAUUACAUACUUGCUU